AUGGCUCGUAAUGAUUUAAACCAUCUCAUUCUAAGGCCUGGCGAGCUCCAUAUUGUUAUGGCGCAACUUAGAACCCUAGGUUCAUUCAUCGAACACAGUGGAAUCGACUUGUGCUGGUCAGAGUCUGAUUUGUAUGGCCCAGCUACUGUCAAGCAAAUCCUGGCAGGGAAGCACGUAAAGAGAGGAGAGACAGCACAUUUGGUUACUCUUCAAGUCCUGUUUAUGCUCUACCAGAAGGCGUUCCUCUCUAGCCAAGAUGAAGAGUUGGUGAAGAAGAUUGACAAGUGUGCAAAGCAGCUAGGAAAGGCGUGUGAACAAGGAAAAAAUAGCGAGGUAAAAGAAGCUGAAGAUCAAAUGGUAGAAGUAAUGAAAUCUGAAGAUUUAGUUGGCAAAAUGGAACGAUUUGAAGAAGGGAAGAAUCCUGAGUUCAAGGUUUUCCGUUCCUACAUGAAGAUGAUUAUGGAGAUGUUGCUGUUUGUACGUGCUGUACGAACAGCGGACUGGCAGUUGCAUUUAAGAUCUUUGCAGUUGUUUACGAAGUAUUUCUUUGCGCACGACAAACUUAACUACGCCAGAAUGAUUCCCAUUUAUCUUGCCGAGAUGGAAAACCUUCCCGAGUCAGCUCCUGAAAUCUAUAAAGAGUUCGCCGAAGGCAACUGGGUUGUGAACAAGAACCGACACAUACCAUUUUGUGGACUUGGAGCAGAUCAUGCCCUGGAACACAUUAAUCGAUCCAUGAAGGUAUCAGGAGGCCUAGUAGGCAUCACUUUGAAUCCAAGUGCGCGUACCAAAUUCUUCAUGAUUGCUCCAGAGCUUGCGCGUCUAGCAGAAGAGGCAAAGAAGAUGGCUGGCAGGGCAAAAACGAGAGGAGGCGCCAAACACCACGCUUUGACGGCUGCUGGGCUCUCUCGUGAAGAGAAGAACAUCACCAAGCUAUUGAAUACGAUAGAAGGAUUUACAAAUCCCUUUACCGAGCAAGGUGACAAGCUAUUCAAUCUUGUGACGAAAGUGGUUGCAUCGGAGAAGGUGAAGAAGGAUCUUAUAGAGCAAAGCGAGAUUGGCCAGAAGCUCUAUGAUGAUUUUGUUAGAGAUCGCAUCAUAACCGGAAAGAUCAACCUGUGGUCAAGUAUGAAGAAAAGAAAGUUGCAGACAUGGAAAGCGAUGACCAAGAAGAUUAAGAUUUCAACCUCGGCCGAGACCAUCGAACUGCAAGAAGAUAGAAACUUGUUUGCACGCAUGCUAAUCAUCUGUAAGAGCCGUCCAGAGAUCGACAUUCAAGAAGCUGUUGGAACAUACGAAUUCAGAGUUGUUCCACGAUCGAUGUUUACUGCUGAUGGCACCAUGUUACACUGUACAGCCAAGAGUGCAUUGAUGCCAAUACUCGAGAAUUUGCCAAUUCCUCCAGAUUGCAGCACUGAUGGUCAUGCAGAACGGCAAAGAAUGAAGGUGUCGAUUGUCGAUGCAAUGGCAGAGGUGCAAGCCCUUGACAAGCCAGAGUGGAUCCGUGACUGUUCUCAACUGGCUCAGCACUUUGCAGGACGCAUAUUUGAAAAUGAUCACGAAGAGGCCGAUACAAAGAUUAUCUUACAUGCCCAAGACGCAACGGUUAAUGGAGCAACGGAGAUCCAAAUCCAUUCUCCUGACACUGAUGUUUUUGUCCUUUCCUUGAGGCGUUACACCGAUCUGUGUCAGAAUACAGUGUUUGUCACUGGUAAAGGCCAGCAUCACCGCGUAAUCAAGCUGAAGCCGAUAGUCGAUGCACUUGGCCCUUUGAAAACAGCGGCUCUUCCAGCUUUCCAUGCAUUGACCGGGGCAGAUAACACUGGAUCGUUCGCCAGAAAAGGGAAGCCUACUUGCUGGAGAAUUUUCGACGAGUCUGAUGACAAUGUACUGAGCGCGUUGGCACGGCUUGGAACGAGUAAUCUCCCCAGUGAUGAGAUCAUUACCAGUAUAGCAAAAUUUGUUUGCCAGCUCUUUGUCCCCAAGACAGAAAUCGACUCUCUGAAGGCGUUACGAUGGUGGCUUUUCACUAAAAAACAGGCCACCUCCCAGCAGCUUCCUCCAACUGAUGCCGCCUUACACCAAGCUGUUCUCCGUGCCCAUUACCAGCUUAUUGUGUGGAACAAUGACACCGUGCCUAACCCAACCUUGCCAUCACCGGAAAAUUAUGGAUGGAAAUGGGAUGAAGGCAAUAAAAUUUGGUGCCCAGUGAUGACCACAUUACCUCCUGCACCACGGGCUAUUAUACAUCUUGUUAAAUGUAAAUGCGCCAAGGAGAAGUGUGCCACAAAUCGGUGUGGGUGCAAAAAAGUCGGUUUGAAAUGCACAGAUCUUUGUGGUUGUUCAGCCAGUGAUAACUGCAUGAACAAAUCUGAAAAUGAUGACGAUAACGACGAUGAAGAUGAAGAUGGAUACAUGGGGGACAGUGCUGAUGAUGAUGAGGAAGAUGAAGAUGAACAUGAAGAUAAUAACUACAGCGAGUAUGUUUCCGCGUAUUCUGAUGACUCAGACAACGAGGUAGAUCGGAACAUUGGAGAAUUCUGA